GCAUCGUUCGUCGGCGAAGUUGUGGCAGUAUCGAUCGAUGCAUUUACCUGGCCACCUGGCUACGAGCGGAAGAAACGAAAAUUGGUUUUAGUGAUCGAAGCGGCAUACUCGUCGAGACAUAAAUAAACGAGGAACGCAAAGUGACAUAUAAAACAACGUGGCAAACAUGGCUCAGACGGAGAAUGACAUUUGGGUGUCUCCGGCGGCGAUUCUAUCGAAAUUCGAUGUCGACGCUGAUGGAACCUUGGACUAUAUGGAGUUCCGAGCGCUUUGUGUCCAUUUGUUUGGAACGGACGAGGUCAAAGAGCACGAGUGGCGAGUACGGGAAAUCUUCGAGCUAUUCGACUUAAAUGGAAACGGCACAUUGAACGAGCAGGAUUUACGAAGAUACUAUGAAUGGAUACGCGCGACUGUAUAUCCCGUAAAUGUUUUAUUGGUCGUCGACGUUCAAAACGACUUCAUUGAUGGCACAUUGGCUCUUCGAAAAUCCGGCUAUGGGCAAGACGGGGCAAAAGUGAUAGAACCGAUAAAUCGGCUUUUAAAAAACGGUCGUUGGAACAAGAUAAUAUAUUCGCAGGAUUGGCAUCCUAAGGAUCACAUCAGCUUUUUUGACAAUUUGGCAAUGCGCGAGCUUCAUCCCGAAUCUAAGAUUACUAAGAAAAUGGCAAAACUUUUUGAUACCGUUGAUUUUUUACAACCUCAUGUAACGCAGAAACUUUGGCCAAAGCAUUGCGUUAUGAAUACCUGGGGCGCCGAAUUACAUAAAGAUUUACUGAUCGUACCUUCUUCCAAACAGGUGUAUAAAGGUCAGCACUGUGACAAAGAAACAUAUUCAGUAUUUGGCGAAAAGGAUGCUGAUGGUACCUCAGAGCUUAUAAAAAUUUUUUUGGAUUUUGGUUGCACGCACUUAUAUGUUUGCGGUUUAACUUAUGAUGUAUGCGUGAAAGAGACGUGUCUGGAUGGUUUGCGAUAUGGUUAUCGGUUAGCCGUCGUUGACGAUUGCUGUCGCGGCAUAAAACCUGAUGACAUAACGAUUGCUAAAAAUCUGAUUACUGAAAACGGUGGUUUACUGGCGUCUAGUGACCACGUUCUGUCCUUGGUAAACGAAGGCAAACAGAGCCUGAUAAUGGCGCAUCAUGCAGCCAGAAGCAUGUGAAUUGAAGAGAUAUUUUUGUAAAAUUUUGUCAAUUUUGCUUGAAAGGUAGUAAAGUUGUCAAAUAUUAGUCGAACAUUGUAAAGACUAAACAAGUCUCUGAUAUAAAAAAUAAGACAAAUUAUUUUAUUAAGAUUAAUUUUUUUAGCUUUGUUAUCAAAUAAUGAUUUUGCGAGUUGUUACUUUUACGAAGAUAUUAAAGCAAAUUUUUUAAAAUUUCAUAUUUCAAUAUAAUACAAAGCUGCAUUGGAAAUAUAAAAAUGAGAAUUUAAAUUUAUUUCUCUUUUAAAUAAUUUUAAUUAAUUUUUUUGGAAGGAUUUAUCUGAAUAAUUAGCAGUUUGCUUAAAAAAUUAUAAAAAUGAGAAUAUUUAAAUGAUACAGUUUAUUUAAAUUGCUAUUUACAUAAGAUUAGCUAAUUACUAUUUAUAUAAAUCUAUAUAGAGUUUAGUAAAUUUAUGUAUAUAAAUAUACAUAAAUUUAUCUAUAUAGUUAGCAUUAAAAGGAGCAUUAUUGUUCUUCUUUGCUUCUGAUUAAAAAUGUAAUUAAACUUAUAAUAUUUUUAUAAUUUUUUUGUGCUAUAUAAAUUACUAAAAAAAAUAUAUAUAUAUAUGUAUAUAUUUA